AUGGCAGCUACAACAACUACCACAGUUGCUCCAACUACAACCACUGCUGCUCCAACAACGACUACAGUUGCACCAACUACAACAGCCUCUCCAACAACAACUACCACAGUUGCACCAACUACAACUACAGCUGCUCCGACGACUACCACAGCCGCUCAAACCACAACCACAGUUUCACCAACUACAACUACAUCUGCUCCAACUACAACAACAGCCAGUCCAACAACAACUACAGUUGUACCAAAUACAACCACCGCCACUCCAACAACUACCACUGCCGCUCUAACAACAACUACAUCUGCUACAACCACAACAGCCGUUCCAACAACUACCACAGCUGCACUAACUACAACUACUGCUGCACCAACAACUACAGCUGCAAUAACUACAACUACUGCUGCACCAACUACUACAGCUGCACUAACUACAACUACUACCGCACCAACUACAACUACAGCUGCACCAACUACAACUACUGCUGCUCCAACUACUACAGCUGCACUAACUACAACUACUACCGAACCAACUACAACUACUACUGCACCAACUACAACUACUACCGCACCAACCACAACUACUGCUGCACCAACUACAACUACUGCUUUGCCAACAACUACAGCUGCACCAACUACAACUACUGCUGCUCCAACCACAUCUACAAUUUCCGCAACAUCUAUAGCUGCUCCAAUCACAAGAACUGUUGCUUCAACCACAUCUACAGCUGCUGUAUCUACAGCUGCCCUGAUCAGAUCUACAUCUGCUGCUAUUACAACUACAGUUGCACCAACCACAUCUACAAGUACAGCAACAUCUACGGCUGCCCCAACCACAUCUACAGCUAUUCCAGUUACGACUACAUCUGCUCCCACCACAACUACAGGUGUCCCGACGACAUUUGCAGCUACUCCAACCGCAACCACUGCUGCUUUGACAACAACCAUGGUUACAUCAACAACAACAGCCGCUCCAACAACUACCACAAUCGCUCCAACAACAACCACAGCUUCUCCAACCACAACUACAGCUUCUCCAACCACAACCACAGCAGCUCCAACAACUACCACAGCUGCUCCAACAACUACC